UAAUUGAAUUAUCAAUUACAAUCCAAUUGAAAUCGCGAUUUCAAAAAGGAAGUUAUCAUCUUAUUAAUUCAAUCAUUGUGCAAAUAUUAGUGGUUGGAAAAGCAUAUACAUUGAGAUCAGGCCAUUAUUCCACGUUGGCAACACACCGUUAGUGACACUGACAACUGACUUGACGAAUUUCGUUCGAAAUGAAUUCCAAACCGAACGACAAUAAAAACCCGUGGAACAAGAACACCAAAUCGAAAAUACCCACUGCAAAGAACAGCAAGAAUCCUGAGGAAAAAUUCAAGGAGGCCCAGCAGAAGCUCCAAGCAGCUGUACAGAAAUUUACCAAAGACUAUGAAUCCUCUGAAGAGGAAGAAGAGUUGGAAGUAGAUAAUGUUAUAGGAACAAUUUUGAAAGACUAUGAUACAAGUGGUGCUGGAAAGGAAUUGUUAAGAACCCGAGGAUUCUUAGAGGAAGCAUUUCAAUCUGGAGCUUGCACCUGCCUAAUAUGUAUUUCAUCUAUUAAAAGAACUGAUGCAAUAUGGAGUUGUGAAAAAUGCUAUUGUUUCUUCCAUUUGAUGUGUAUACAGAGAUGGUCGAAGGAUACCAUUUUCCAACAGAAACAGGCACUGGAAGCGCCAGUCCAAGUGCGUCGCAUUAAAUUAAAAUGGGGUUGUCCUAAGUGCAGACACGAGUACGAGCCGGAACAAAUUCCAAACGAGUAUCGGUGUUUCUGCAAAAAGAUCACAAAUCCUAAGUUCCAAUCACUGAUAGUGCCCCAUUCUUGCGGAGAAACAUGUCGCAAGGAUUUGCAGCCGUAUUGCGGCCACGGCUGCUUAUUGCUAUGCCAUCCCGGACCAUGUCCACCCUGCCCGGUGAUGGUUAAAGUCACCUGCUUCUGCGGACACUCCGAACCGAAAAUCCAAAGAUGCAGCAACAAAGAAUGGAGCUGCUCGGCACCUUGCAACAAACUCUUGAGCUGCGGCAAGCACAAAUGCUCUCAACCUUGCCAUGCGGGUGAUUGCUUACCCUGCUCCAAGAAAAGCGUGCAGAAAUGCGUCUGCGGAAGUACUCAGAAACUCAGGGAUUGCUCCACGCCAGUCUGGCAGUGCGAAAAGGUGUGUAGGAAAGAUUUGAAGUGCGGUUUCCACAAAUGCGACGAGAUAUGUCACACGGGCGUUUGUGGUUCCUGUAAACUUUCCGAAAUUAGAACUUGCCCUUGUGGUAAGUCCAAUUACCAGCUACCUUGUACCGAGGAUACUCCGACCUGCGGCGACACUUGCGGUAAAGUUCUGGAGUGCGGUAUGCACAUUUGUAAUAGAAGGUGUCAUAAAGAUAAAUGCAGUCAGUGCCUUGAAACAGUUACUAAAUCAUGUAGAUGUGGUUUGCAUAAAAAACAGAUCCAAUGCUGUAAGCCUUAUGUAUGUGAGACGAAAUGCAAGCAGAUGAGAGACUGCAACAAACAUCCAUGUAAUAAAAAGUGCUGCGAUGGUAAAGAUUGUCCAUCGUGCGAGAAACCUUGUGGAAAAACUUUGACGUGUCGAAAACACGCGUGUGCUUCGGUUUGCCAUCGAGGUCCUUGCUAUCCAUGUAACUUAACAGAAACUCUGAAAUGCUUCUGUGGAGCCACAUCGAUUGUAGUACCAUGCGGUAAGAAGAAAUCCACGAAGCCACCAAAAUGUUCGAAGAUAUGUAAGAAAUCUACAGAAUGUCAUCACAAGAAGAGCGUGCCGCAUAAGUGCCAUUUCGGCGACUGCCCACAAUGCAAGCAAAUAUGCGACAAACCAAGAGAUACUUGCUCCCACAAGUGUCCGUCCACUUGUCACUCCUCGGUUUUGAUGAAAUUCGAAGCUCCAAGAGCGUCAACCCCUUGGGAGCAGGAAGCUCCAACUAUAACUAAAUGUGCGUUACCAUGUCCCAAUUGUAUCGUCCCAGUUCCUGUUACGUGUUUGGGCGGCCACGAAACCGCGGAUUAUGCGUGUUACUUAGCAAUACCUUCGAGUUGCUACAAACCUUGCAAAAGAGAGUUACCAUGUGGAAACCACACUUGCUCAAAAGAUUGUCAUACAGUUGAAGAAGCCCCAAAUAGUUUAAAGGCUGGUAAGAAUUGCGAAGAAUGCAACAGUGGCUGUACCAAGCCAAGACCAGAAGGUUGCACUCACCAGUGCCCCAAACCUUGCCACCCAGGCUCAUGUCCACCAUGUCAGUUGAUGGUCAGGAUCAAAUGUCAUUGUAACUUGAGCCAACCGUACGUUUCCUGUAAAGACUGGACAACGGGAGAUCGUGAUGCUCUGCAGAGUUGCGGAAAUCGAUGCCCUAGCAAGUAUCCGUGCGGACAUCAAUGCAGAGCAAACUGUCACCAAGGCGAUUGUCCGAACGCCGAAGAUUGUAAAAAGAAAAUGAAAAUAUCCUGUCCGUGCAAAAGGAUCAAAAAGGAUAUCACCUGCGACGUUCAGAGAAAGACCGGAGGUGUCUUGGAAUGCGACGAAGUUUGCGCCGAGAAAAAGCUGGAGGAGAGAAAGCUGAAAGAUUUGGAGAACGAGAAGCGGAAGAAAGAGGAGGAGAUAAAGAACCAAAAGGAGUUGGAGAAGUACGAGAAAAUGAUGCAAGGCAAGAAGAAAUCCAAAGAGCGAAAAAACGUCGAAAUCGUCGAGCAGAAAAGUUUCAUGCAAAAGUAUUGGAUGUUUAUUGUCGGUUUUGUUGUUGUGGCGAUCGGUAUUUAUCUCAGUCUUUCGUGAUACGUGCAGUGAGAAGGUCAGCUUCUCUUGUUAGACUAAAAAUAAUGGAGCAAGAUUUAUAUGUGUUCGGUGGUAACUUUUCGGAAAUACGUUAUAAAAAUGUAAUACACGUUUAUACUAUUUUGUAUUUGUUUUUUUUUGUUGUAAUAUUGAUCUGUUUUUCUUUUUGGACUGGACCUGUAGUUUCUAGAUUGGUUUGUACGAAUUUCUGACAUUAAAUUACAUUGGAAACAUGAA